AUGUGAAAAUGGAAACCUCAUCUUUGCUUUCAUCCUUACAUGAUGAAUGCAGAUCAGACAGCUACAUUGAACCUCAUUACAAAGAAUGGUAUCGAAUAGCUAUUGACGCUUUAAUUGAAGGAGGUAUAGAAGCAUACAAAGAAUUUCUUUCCAAAGAGAGAUGCUCAGAGUUCCUAGCAGAUGAGGAAAUUGAUUAUAUUUUGAACAAUGUCCAUAAACUUCCCCAAAACACAGUUUAUUCCUCUAAUCAUGCCAUCGAUGACACUUCUUCCUCGGGAACCUACUGGCCUAUUGAAUCAGAUGUGGAAGCUCCAAAUCUUGACUUAGGAUGGCCUUAUCUGAUGCCUGGGAUUUCUGGUGGCACAAACAUUGAUCUGCUUUUUCAUCCACCCCGAGCACAGCCUUACACAAUAAAGGAGACUAUACGGAAGAUGAUACGAGACGCGAGAAAGGUCAUUGCCAUAGUUAUGGAUGUGUUUACAGAUGUGGAUAUCUUCAGAGAAAUUGUAGAGGCAUCUGCCAGAGGGAUUGCAGUGUAUCUCCUGCUGGAUGAGUCAAACUUCAGUCACUUUCUGAAAAUGACAGAGAAACAAGGCUGUCAAGUUCAGAGACUCAGGAAUAUGAGAGUGCGCACAGUAAAAGGACAAGAUUACUAUUCUAAAUCAGGAGCAAAAUUCCAUGGAAAAAUGGAACAAAAAUUUCUUCUUGUUGACUGUAAGAAAGUCAUAUAUGGUUCUUACAGCUUUAUGUGGUCAUUUGAAAAAACGAACCUCAGCAUGGUUCAAGUUAUCACAGGACAGCUGGUUGAGUCCUUUGAUGAAGAGUUCAGGACACUGUAUGCCCGUUCUUCUGUUCCUAGUGCAUUUGCCCCUGAAAUAGUGCGGGUAAACAGUCGCAGGACACUUUGGGAUAAUGAUACAUACCAGCACUCAGUGUCUUCUUUAGCUUCAGUUUCUAGCCAAAGGAACCUUUUUGGCAGGCAAGACCAGGUUCACAAGCUGGAUCCUGUUUACUUGAAAACUCGUGUAAGAUAUGCAAUAAAUGAAAUUGAUAAAUAUGGCUUGAGAAACCAAGCUUUUAACAAACAGCCAUUUCAUCCAGGUUUUAAUGUGCAAAAUCCAAUCCAGCAGUAUCAACCUAGUGAAAAAAAUGAGCACUGGAAGAGACAUAGCUAUGCUGGAGAGAAGCCGGAAAGAACUCCUUACCUAUUGCUCAACAGAGCUAUGAAUAGAGCCAAUAAUCCAUCAAAUACUUGGAAAAUGCCAUCUGAUAGCCUUAGUAUUGUGUCUUCRUUACGAGGAGGAUAUGCAAAUAACUACAAUGCACCGCAGCAAAGUUUUGCUGAUCAGUUUUCACGACCAAAGAUAAAUCUCGCAGAAAGGAAUUCAAUUGUACGGAGAUCUUUUAAUGGAACAGAUAAUCAUAUCCGCCACCUGCAGCAGAGGAUGCCGACCCUGGAGCACACGACAAAAUCAUUCCUACGUAACUGGCGAAUUAAGUCAUACUUAAACGAUCAAUCAGAUUAUCCAGCAGAGUCCAAUGGCUCAGCUUUGGGUGACAGAUACGAGGGCUAUGACACAGCUGACAAUAUUAAAGCUCAUGCCCUUUAUUCUCAUUCUCGUUUAAGAUCAUCGCUGGUGUUUCAGCCAACUCUACCCGAACAGCAGGAAGUAAGCAGCUGUGCAAGCUCUUCAAAUUCAACAAUAAUUGGCUCAGAAGGAAGUGCAACACCUAAAGGAACAUCAAAUCACACCYCAAGUGUGGAAAAUGGAACAGGUAGCAUUUCAGAAGAGCUUAGCACGAAUGUCCCACUUAAAUCAGAUGCACCAGUAAACCACAGAAUUCAUGCUGCAGACAGCACAAAACCUAGUGUAAAUUCAAAUGCAACAGGGGACUCACCUGUCUACUUGUACACAACACUGUGUGCAGACAAACAUGCAGAAAAUGCAAAGAACAUUCAAAAUGAAAAUAUACUGAAAAGGAGAAGUUUUCCCAUGUUUAAUUCAAAGUCUAUAUUAGACCCAGGUACCAACAAACAGUCAUCCAGUUAUGUUUACAGCACACUGAAUAGGCAUAGGCUUAAACAACCAGUUAGUCCCAAACUUCCAGAAGACUUACUGAAGAGCUCUAAAAGUUUGCACAGUGUGACCAACCACGUGCUACAGGAGGAGAGGAAUGCCAGAGAAGAGCUGAAGAGCCCAGCUGCUACCAAGGCAAUUUCUAUGGCUGCUCUAGCUGAAGCCAACAAAGAGGAGUCAAGUAAAGACUGCAYGUCAAAGAAAGAAACUAAGAAUUCCCCAAGUUUUCUAAAGAAAGGAUCCCAGAAAUUGCGGUCACUUCUUAAUCUCACGCCAGAUAAGAAGGAAAAUUUGUCAAAAAACAAAGCCCCUGCCUUUUACAGAAUGUGCAGUAGUUCUGACACUUUAGCUUCUGAGGGGGAAAAUCAAAAACCAAAGCUUUCUGAGAAUAAGACAGAUUCUUCCCCAAGGAGAAAGAGAAAUACAUCAUCAAAUUCUCAAGGUAGCUUGCACAGAAGUAAAGAAGAUGUCACGAGUAGCCCAACAAAAUCUCCCAAGUCUCCCAAGUCACCCAAACCACCAAAACCUCCAUCGGAUGAAUGCAAUAAAAAGUGUCCUGUCCUGUGCCCCCUUGAAAGUAAGUUCAUAGAAACUGCAGGAGAUGCAUCUACCCCGAGAUUUAACACAGAACAAAUUCAGUAUCAGGAUGUAAAAGAAAUUGCAAUGAAUUCUCCUCCUGAGACUGCACCGCCCCUUCCUAGCCUACAAAGAGCAAGUUCAGUGCUAAGACCUCGUUUGAGUGAAAGGCGUGUUUAUAGUCGCUUYGAGCCAUUCUAUAAAAUUGAAAAUGCCAGCCAGUCUGCUGGAAAUGCAGCAAAUAGCAGUUCACAUCUCUCCGAUAUCAAAGGCAAACCGCUAGGGAACAAUUACAGCAGGAGUAAUCACAUGUCCRCCUACAACUCAACUGCUUACCAUCCACUGCAACCUAAUGAAAAUAAACUCAGAGGAUUUAUGCAAAAAUUUGGGAACUUACUACACAAAAAUAAGUAA